AGGACAGUCGAGGCUAUUACAGCAACAUUCACGGGUUCUUGCCAACGUGGUUACAAUGGGACUCAAUUAUUGUCCAUAUAACGCUUCUAAAUCUUUUCUGGUGGUCCUUAUAGUCAUGAAUGGUCUGCUGCAUCUCCCUCAAGCCACCGGCAAAAAUUGCAACCAUAAACUGCCUAUAAUACCUGAUGUAGAGAUUUCCACAAGUCCACCAAUGCAGAAACUAGCUGUUGGUACAGCGGUAAACCUGACUUGUAUGGCGCAGCCCAGGAGUAUUGAUGCAGGAUAUUACGAUAGAUGGACCGAGUACAUUCAAUGGUAUGACCCACAAGGCAAGCCAGUUGGACAUAAAUGUGUGCAGGGUAGAACAAUGGUGUUAAAACUUAGAUGUACUUUAAUGCUCAAAAACCUGACGGUAGAGAAACUCGGGAACUACACGUGUGAAGCAGGAAAUCCAUAUCCUGCGCACUGCAGAAGAAAAUCAGUCGAAAUUGGUCCACAAGACAUCAAGCCCAAUCAAAGCGUGAGAGAUUUAGAAAACCAAACAACUCCUAUCAGCUUUAGUCUGAAUUUUAUCUGCACCACCAGUGGUUAUCACAACGCGAGCAAUUCACCGAAGAAGGACAGCGACCCGUAUUCUAAGCAAUCCAACCGAAUUGCCAAGCUUAAACUUUUAGUUCUAGACCACAAGUACCAUUGCAUUGGUGGAACCAGCGCGGGAGGAAACAUGUUAGAGAGGCUCUCCAACACGUCAACCAUCAGCUUAAAAGUUAAUUUUUAG